GACUGAAACAAGCCAAAGAACACGGACUUACUUGAGAGUGUCUGUCGGAAAACGAAAUCUUCCACAUUUUUUUCCUCCGAUGAUCGCUCGCUUCUUCAAUAUCAAUCAAUUUGAUUUUGUUUGACUGCUGGUACCCGUACUACGAGUACCGGUACCCUUCGCUUGAAGGUAUGUUAGCGAGGCAGUCGGUUUUUUCUCUUUCCAGUAAGUUCAGUCAUAUUUUUCAUAACACAAGUUAAAAAAAUACCAAAAUGAAGUUUGGCGUUGCGACAAAGUUGUUACUUGCUGCAUUGGCAGCCGGGACCAUGCCGGCUAUCACAGCACAAAACUGUACGAUUGUUCUCCCCGAGAUCACCGAAGUCAUGGAGCUUGCAUUCCCAACCUGGAACGUCGACAAAAAGGGCAAAAGAGUAGAAGGCGGGGGCAAGUGGAAUCCGAAUUAUCUUACCAAGAGAUGGAACGGUCUUGAUCCCGCCCUCGGUGGAUACCCAACUCCUAUCGAUACCAGAUACCCAUUUGAAUUUGCUGCCGCAUUUAAAGGUGAGUCUGAUGAUACAUAUGUUUCGCCCCUAAUCGCAUGCUCCCAUUCGUUCCUGGAUCAUAGGAUGUCUCUUAAUGACUCUUGAUGCGUUAAUCCUCGUAAGAGCAUGUGGAUGAUACUAAUGUUGAUUUAUUGUUCGCUUUCUCAAUACGAAAGGACAACCCGGAGCUGGAUCUCCACACCACUGCCCCGAAGGCACAGAUCCACUCACCCCGGUUCAGUCAUGCCCUAAGAUCAUCACCGAUAAUGAUGAUGGCCCAUAUGGCAUCGGACAUGUCCCACCUCCCAUUGCCCUCGCAGUUGUGCGCAACAAUCUUCUUGAUUGCGAGAACGAUGCAGACAUUGAGAAUUGGUUUGAUUUCGAAUCCGAAACGGCUCCUUGCGACAUCAAACCAUCUGUUCUUGCGUCAAUGAUUCGAACCAAGUACCCUCGUGACCCUGAAACUGGUGCUGUCGAUUACCCUCCUCCAGUCAUUGAAGGAGAAUAUGAAUACUACGAACUCGAAUUCCCCAGCCCACAAGGACCUCCCCACUGGUGUACGGACGAAUUCCUCGCAACUGGACAAUGGGUAAGUCAUUUCUGUGUGUGUCCUUGCGUUGGUUAGGGAUGCAUGGUGUUCCUCGAUUGGUGCAAUCGCACGAUAACUCAACACAUAUCUGUAUCUCGUUUCUCCCCAGGUCGAUUACUGCCCUUACAUUUUCGAAGGUCCCAACGCAGGACAGUACCGCCACCCCCACCUUGCCUUGUCGGCAGUCAUGCAAUUCGUUGCGAACAAGAUCAACCCCGAGGUCUGCGGCCCAGAAUGGGACGACCGUGGUAAUUAUCCCGCAAACCCUCCUACCUCCAUCGCAUGGUCGGUAAUGGAGUCCGAGGACGGCGAUGCCCAGCCCGCUCUGCCCUAUUUGUGGCCCGAAAAUGACGACCCGCUGAUCAAGGAUGUUCCUGGAUUGGUCUUGUUCGAUCCUGCCGCGGAACCUCCGGCACCACCUACUCCCCCCGAACCGCCCUCUGAGGACGAGGUUACCCCGGUCCCAGAACCACCUGCCACCGAAGCCCCAGAACCACCUGUCACCGAAGCCCCAGAACCACCUGCCACCGAAGCCCCAGAACCACCUGCACCCGAAACCCCAGAACCACCUGCACCGGAAACCCCAGAACCACCUGCACCCGAAACCCCAGAACCAUCUCAGACAGAGGGAGCAGCUGCUCCCGAAGCGACCGCAGAGACUACGGAACCUACCAGUGCUUCUUUCUCGAUUUCUCUUUUCAUUUCAAUGAUCAGUGCUGUCGUUGUAUGCGCUUUCCUAUAAGUAUCAUGUUCUCAAAGCUUUACAGAUGGAGAGGAAAGGGUUCCGUGCUACMAGUGCCGGACCUAGUGAAGGUCGAACAAGCAAAUUAAAUAGCCUUUUUAGAU